CCGAGGGACAACUUUUCCAACAUGUGAGGCUCUGGCGGAGCUACAGCAAGUGCUUUCUCGAGCUGAGGCAGAGGCCGGAGGCCGGCCGAGCUGUGCUGCCCGCCCUGCGGCUGGAGCCCCUCGGAAAGGUACAGUUCCUUGGAGAGAGCUGAUGGAAUGAGAAGCCAUCAUGGAGGCUCAGUCCCACAACGCCACAACCAGUGAGAAGAAGAAAGUGGAGACUCCCAUUGCCAAGUGCCCCACACGGGCUGAUGUCAGUGAGAAAGCAGCAGCCUCCAGCACCACGUCCAAUGAGGAUGAAAGUCCUGCACAGACCUAUUCCCGAGAGAGGAGAAACGCAGUGGCCAUGCAGCCUCAAAGUGGGCAGGGACUGGGUAAGAUCAGCGAGGAGCCUUCCACGUCCAGUGAGGAGCGAGCCUCGCUAAUAAAGAAGGAAAUCCAUGGAUCCAUGCCUCACCUUGCAGAGCCCUCCGUGCCAUACCGAGGGACAGUGUUCACCAUGGACCCCAGGAAUGGCUACAUGGAGCCCCAUUACCACCCUCCUCAUCUUUUUCCAGCAUUCCACCCUCCGGUCCCGAUCGAUGCAAGACAUCAUGAGGGACGUUACCAUUACGACCCGUCUCCCAUCCCUCCACUGCACGUGCCUUCUGCCUUAUCAAGUAGCCCAACAUAUUCUGACCUGCCCUUCAUUAGAAUCUCCCCACACAGAAACCCAGCAGGCACUUCUGAGUCACCCUUCAGCCCCCCGCAUCCGUACAUCAACCCUUACAUGGACUACAUCCGAUCCCUGCACAGCAGCCCGUCUCUGUCUAUGAUCUCGGCGGCCCGUGGCCUCAGCCCCACGGAUGCCCCCCAUGCAGGUGUCAGCCCCGCGGAGUAUUAUCACCAUCAGAUGGCCCUCUUGGCAGGCCAGCGCAGCCCAUAUGCGGACAUCAUUCCUUCUGCAGCAGCUACUGGAGCUGGAGCCAUUCACAUGGAAUACCUGCAUGCCAUGGAUAGUACCAGAUUCCCCAGCCCCAGGCUGUCCACGAGACCAAGCAGAAAACGGACGCUGUCCAUCUCCCCGCUGUCUGACCAUAGCUUUGACCUUCAGACCAUGAUAAGGACAUCCCCCAACUCCCUGGUCACCAUCCUCAAUAAUUCCCGCAGCAGCUCAUCGGCCAGCGGCUCCUACGGUCACUUGUCAGCAAGUGCAAUAAGUCCUGCUCUGAGUUUCACGUACCCUCCCACCCCAGUCUCUUUCCAGCAUAUGCAUCAACAGAUUUUAAGUCGGCAACAAAGUUUAGGAUCUGCUUUUGGACACAGUCCUCCACUCAUCCACCCGGCCCCGACCUUUCCUACUCAGAGACCCAUUCCUGGCAUUCCUAGUGUCCUGAACCCUGUUCAAGUGAGCUCUGGUCUGUCGGAGGCCACACAGCAAAACAAACCGACCAGUGAGUCUGCAGUGAGCAGCACGGGGGAUCCCAUGCACAGCAAGCGCUCCAAGAUCAAAGCUGAUGAAGACCUGCCCAGCCCGGGGGCAGCAAGUCUGCAGGAACAGCCUGAAGGAAUGACCCUCGUCAAGGAGGAAGGGGACAAGGAUGAGAACAAGCAAGAGCCUGAAGUGGUCUACGAGACAAAUUGUCACUGGGAGGGCUGCACGCGGGAGUUUGACACCCAGGAGCAGCUCGUGCACCACAUAAAUAAUGAUCAUAUCCAUGGGGAGAAAAAGGAGUUUGUGUGCCGAUGGCUAGAUUGCUCGAGAGAACAGAAACCCUUCAAAGCCCAGUAUAUGCUGGUGGUUCAUAUGAGACGACACACAGGAGAGAAACCACAUAAAUGCACUUUUGAAGGUUGUACCAAGGCCUACUCCAGACUAGAAAACUUGAAAACCCACUUGAGAUCUCACACUGGAGAGAAACCGUACGUCUGCGAGCAUGAGGGCUGCAACAAAGCAUUCUCCAAUGCCUCAGACCGAGCCAAGCAUCAAAACAGGACACAUUCCAAUGAGAAACCAUACGUGUGCAAGAUCCCAGGCUGCACCAAACGGUAUACGGACCCCAGCUCUCUUCGCAAGCACGUGAAGACUGUGCAUGGCCCUGAGGCACAUGUCACAAAGAAGCAACGUGGAGACCUCCACCCCCGGCCUCCUCCUCCUCGGGAGCCUGGCAGCCAUGCCCCAUCCCGAUCUCCAGGCCAGCAGACUCAGGGGGCCCUGGGCGAGCAGAAGGACCUCAACAACUCUACCUCAAAGCGGGAUGAAUGCCUGCAAGUGAAAACGGUCAAGUCUGAGAAGCCAAUGACAUCUCAGCCAAGCCCUGGUGGUCAGUCUUCAUGCAGCAGCCAGCAGUCCCCCAGCAGCCCCUAUUCCAACAGUGGGAUCGAGCUCCAUCUGACCAACGGAGGCAGUGUAGGAGACCUCAGUGCCAUUGACGAAACCCCCAUCAUGGACUCUACCAUUUCCACGGCAACCACCGCUCUUGCCUUGCAAGCUCGGAGGAACACGACAGGGACCAAAUGGAUGGAGCAAGUAAAAGCAGAAAGAUUGAAACAAGUGAAUGGCAUGCUUCCACGGCUGAACCCCCUCCCACCUCCAAAAGCCCCUGCGCUAGCUCCUAUCAUAGGAAACGGAAUACAGUCUAACCCCAGCUGCAGUGUGAAUGGGCCUAUGACUAUUCUCCCUAACCGGAAUGAACUGUCCAGCGUGGACGUCACCAUGCUGAAUGUGCUGAACCGACGAGACAGUAACACCAGCACCAUCAGCUCGGCCUAUCUGAGUAGCCGCAGGUCCUCAGGCAUCUCCCCCUGCUUCUCUAGCCGCAGGUCCAGUGAGGCUUCCCAAGCUGAGGGCCGGCUCCAGAAUGUGAGUGUGGCCGACUCCUAUGACCCCAUCUCCACAGACGCCUCUCGCCGCUCCAGUGAGGCGAGUCAAGCUGAUGGGCUGCCCAGCCUCCUCAGCCUCACCCCUGCACAGCAGUACCGGCUGAAGGCCAAGUAUGCAGCAGCAACUGGGGGGCCCCCACCUACCCCAUUACCCAACAUGGAAAGGAUGAGCCUGAAGACAAGGAUGGCACUGAUGGGGGAUUGCAGGGAGUCUGGCCUCUCCCCAUUCCCCCCUGUCAACCCUCCCCGAAGAUGCAGUGAUGGUGGAACCAACAGUUAUGGGCGGAGGACCCUUUUGCCUCAUGAUAUGCUGGGGAAUGGGAUGAGAAGAGCCAGUGACCCUGUACGGAUGGUCUCAGAGAACCUUUCUUUGCCUCGAGUUCAGCGUGUCAACAGUCUAAAUAGCUUUAACCCUCCUGUUUUGCCUCCAUCCGUGGAAAAACAUAAUUUUGUGCUCCAGAAUUAUACUCGCCCUGAGGGCGGCCUGUUCCGUAAUUUCUACUCUUCUCCUUGUCCUCCGAGCAUCAGUGAGAAUGUCACCUUGGAGUCUUUAACCAUGGAAUCUGAUGCCAACUUGAAUGAUGAGGACUUCUUGCCAGACGACGUGGUGCAGUACCUGAAUUCUCAGAGCCAGGGUGGCUAUGAGCAGCACUUCCUGAACAGCAUUUCUGAGAAUAGCAAAGUGCUGCAUGGAACCCCAAUGGCCAAUGGUCAUCAUGGCCUUGACCAGCCCCACCUGCCAAGCAACCAUGUCAUCUCUCAGUAUCACGCUCCAGAGCCACCCAGCUCAGAAGCCAGCAAGAGUGACCUCCCCAUUCAGUGGAAUGAAGUCAGCUCAGGGAGUGCUGACCUGUCCCCAUCCAAACUGAAGUGUGCCCAACGUUCAUCAGCCCUACAAGCUCGAGCCUUUGGUUUAUAUAAUAACAUGGUUGUCCAGCAGCAGAACCUUUUGAGGAAUGGAGUAGCCCAAGCCAAUGGCUAUCAGCAGCUGGUAGAAAAUAGCCCAUGUGGCCUGCAGGAGAACUUGCUCCCCAAUAGCAGUGGGGGUAGCAGUGGCACCAAUGGAACUUCUUUCCAUUUGCAAUCCAACAAGGCUCAGCAAUAUGGAGAGAGCUUAAAUAGGCAGUCGACAAUUGGUGGGGCAUUAGAUGGUUCCUGUGGCUCCUUGAUUCCAGGACAGAAACUGAGAAGCAACAGCAUGCCACUGAAUGGAAGCCAACCAAGCUAUGGCAUGGCGGUGGCCCCAAAUGAGCUUCCCAGCAGCAUGGGCAAUGGAACGCAGAGUCAGGGCUGCCUCCAGAGUCAGACACUGGCUGAAGGUGCUCAUUUCCCAGCUGUCAAUCGUACCAGUCAGAUGAUGUUAGGGCAGGUCAGUCCUACCUCACAAAGCAGUGUCUACCAAGGGCCAGAGAGCUGUCUGCCAGUGUCCCAUGGCAUUGGGAAUCAGCAAUCGAGUUUGGCCAUGGCAAAGACUUACCAACCAUAUGCCAACUUUGUAGGCAGUAGGCGGCAAAUCACGCUGAGGAAUAGCCUAGCCCAACAGCAAGGACAUGUCAGUGAUGCCAAUCAGACCUGCAGGGUCAAUGGUAUUAAGAUGGAGACCCAAGGUCAGUCACAACAGCUCUGCUCUAAUGUGCCACAUUACUCUGGUCAGUUGUAUGACCAAACCCUGAGCUUUAGUCAGCCAGACAUGAAAACAGGGUCUUUCUCCAUUUCAGAAGCUAACUGCUUGCUUCAGGGUACUGGCACUGAAAACUCUGAGCUGCUCUCCCCAGGUGCUAACCAGGUGACCAGCACAGUUGAUAACAUUGACAGCAACAGCCUGGAAGGGGUGCAGAUUGAUUUUGAUGCAAUCAUAGAUGAUGGGGACCAUGCCAGCUUAAUUUCAGGAGCCCUGAGUCCAAGCAUCAUUCAGAAUCUUUCCCACAAUUCCUCUCACCUCACCACUCCACGGGCAUCUCUGACAUUCCCCGCCCUGCCUGUUAAUACCACCAACAUGGCAAUUGGGGACAUGAACUCUUUGCUGACCUCCCUUGCAGAAGAAAGCAAAUUUCUAGCAGUGAUGCAAUAGAUGUUGGGAAAAUUAAGAUAAAAGAAAAAAAAAAAACAGAAACAACUUUAGGAAUUUUAAAGGUGAAAUGGAUUCUUUUUAGUUGUGUAUGUAUU